UUGCUGCUGCUGCAGGAAAACUCCCCAGGAAGUUAACUCUGAGACAAGCCCUAAUCGGGCCAUGUGAUCGCUGUGUACCGAUUAGGUGGUUUGUUCUGGCUCCCCUUAGGCUAAAGGAGAGAGAGGAUGGGAGCCCAGCAUUGAAAGCAUGUGACAAAGACAUAUUUACAGCACCCUCUAGAACAGGAGUCCCACCGGGAAAGAGAGGCAGCUCUGAGCAGCAGCGCCCAGCCAGCCUGCGCCCUGCCAAGGUAUUCAUCUUUCUAAAAAUGGGAAGAAAACUAGAUCUUUCCAAACUGACAGAUGAAGAGGCCAAACAUGUUUGGGAAGUUAUUCAACGGGAUAUCAAUCUGCGCAAAAAGGAAGAAGAACGUUUAGAGGAUUUGAAAGGCAAGCUUGAAAAAGAAAGCACAAAGCGAGAGCUAUUGUCAGCUCAGUCCCACCUAAAUGAGACUCACUGCAUUCACUGUCUGCAACCCUUCAAAUUCCUGGUGAACAGCAAACGUCAGUGCUUGGACUGCCAUUUACAUACAUGUAAAAGUUGCAGCAGCUUCAAUAAAAAGGAGCAAGGUUGGGUGUGUGAUCCGUGUCGCUUGUCCAGGGUUGUGAAGACUGGAUCUCUGGAAUGGUAUUAUGAGCAUGUGAGAUCUCGUUUUAAGCGAUUUGGGAGUGCUAAGGUGAUGCGAUCGCUCUAUGGCAGGAUGGCACCGAGUGGACAGAAAACGAAACCUUCCUCACUGGGUCUUCGUGACAGAGUGUAUAGUUUGCCAGACAUCAACAAUGACUGCCAUCUCUACAAUGAAGAAGAAGAAGACAGUGGGGCUGAUGAGGCCAAUGAUGUCCUAGAUAGUGCUGAAGCUGAGCGCUGUGCUAGAAUGCGCAGGACAAAGCGUCUGCUGUCUGUCCAUCCCUUUGAUUUUGAACUGGACUCAGAAUAUUCUGCUCAAUCGCGCCGUCAGUCUGUGCAGCUCUCUCCGGGCUCUGGGAACGAAGGCCUCGAGACCUUUGAAGAAUUUCCAGGGGCUGAGGAAGAGGCAACACAGAAGGAGUCAAUGGUUGCUGAAGCUGACCUGGCUUCCAUGUUCCACCACAUCUUGCAGGAACAGGGGCAGAAGACAUCUGCACCUGAGCAGGAAUUCACUACAGAGGUCCGAUUUACAGUGAACUCACAUACUAAAAAUCUGGAAAGGACCUCCAAGGCUGGCAACCCAUGGAAUGAGCAGCAGCCAUCCCAGUACUCUGGUGAUAUGGACACCUCUGAUGAAGAUGUGAAAGGAGCCCACAAGUCCCUUGCCUAUCCUCCACACCACACAAAACGCAGGAGCCGGGCCUCAUCCCAGGAGAACCUAAAUCACUCUGGAAGUCAGAUACUUGACCUCAACAAACGUAUGUCUGCUAUUGAACGCAUGCUGAACCGUCUUGAGGAAAAGAUCCUGGUUCACUCAGAAGAGCCUGAGGGUUCUGACUCUCAUACUGAUCCUAGUGUAGAAGAGAAGGAGCUGAAGAGAAAACUGGAACAACUGGCAAGAAAUAUUAGUGACAAAGGCAUUUCUUCUGAUGAGGAUGAAGAAGAAAAGAAGACUGAACAACACAAACAGGUUAUGAGUUCAUCCAGUGAUGACCAGCCUACUGGUACAAAGAAGGUGUAUUUUCUUCCUGAAAAGACAUAUGAGCUAGAGAAGAAGCUGAGAGCACUGGACCAUACUCGCCACAGUAUAACCACCGAUUCAGAGCUGUCUGAACUGGAAGACAAAGUGGCUUCCGCAAUGGCUGACGUACAACACACUGAGAGUGAGGUGUCUGAUAUAGAAACCCGAAUAGCAGCUCUUAGUGCUGCUGGUCUGACCGUUAAACCAGUAGAAAAGUCCAAGAAGAAAUCAAGCAGCCAGGUGUUUACACUCCAGCCUACCAGGAAUUCUUAUAACUCUCCAGAUGAUCAGAGCUCAGACUCUCCGGUUACAGCUUCAUCUGAUGACUUCAAAGUAAUGGCUAUGCCACAUGUGUUGAGAAGAAAAUUCACCUCUUCGCUUGAAAUUUCAAAUAAUGCUGAAUCUUUUGCUCGGAACUCCUAUUACAGAGGGUCUCUGACACAACGAAACCCCAAUGGAAGAAACAGAAAAGCUGAUCGCAUCUUUUCGAAACCUGUGAUGACCCAUCGGUCUUGAAAACAGUAAAGGUCUUCCAAGUUUAAUGAAAUAGGCUUCACUCUGAAGGUUUCAUCCCCUUUUUCUUGCCUCCACUCUGCUUCCCGAUCUACACCAAGAAACAGAGAAAAGAAGCAAACUACUCUUGAAAAUAAUUCCCUAAGCAAUGUUUAUUGGAGGUUUUGAUCCCAUUUUUUUACAACCACAUCAGAACCCAGCAUAGUUAUAAGAAAUUUCUUCUUUAGGGUCAAACUUACUGACCCACAUCUGUUAAAUAGGAGUUGUAGCUAAAGUGUUUUUUUCAUGUGCUAUGUGUCCAUAUUAUGAUUUAUCUGGACAAGUGGAUUGAAGUCAUAUUAUGUAGACCAGUUGGUCCAAUGUGUUGUUUCUGCUAUUUGCACUGCUUUGAACAGUCCAGAAUUUAAUGCUGAUCUGCAAUGGCCAGGCAGAUGCUGGAGCGGGUGAGGGUAUCUGUUAGUUUAGUACACUGAACUAAGAAACAAAACAAUCACUUGUAGGUAUAGCUGCUUUUCAGUUCUUCGUGGGUUUAAAUAUCCUCUGUGUUUUCCCAUUAAUUAAAACCACAUAUUUUAAUUGGAAAAAGAGUUCUAUGACAUCCUGAAGAUUAAAAUAUUAUUAUAGUACAAUUUUUGUUAAGUGCUCCCAAUACAUGGGAUCCUGGAUUCUAGACCAUGAAAGCUUACGCUGCAGUAAACAUAGUAUCCUAACCCGGUAGACUUUUACAAAACUCUUUGUUGCUUUGGGAUAUGCCAGGAAACAGGAAGUAGUUUUAUACACAUGUUCUGAGAGAAGACACCUUCUCAGAAUUCACCUCAAAAUAGUAAAAACUAUUUUGCAAAGAUAGUGAUGACUAAAUGAGAGGUAAAGAAGAAGAUAACAGUUCUAUAAGGACCAUAGUUCAGUGGAUAAACAUAAAUAAAACCUCUGGCAUUUCGUUAAAAAUAAAAUACAUGUGAUGGGAACCACUCAGCUCUUCCUUGGCAAACGUGAACAGUCACAGCCCCAAUAAUGGACUACAAGAAAAACUGGUUUAGUUUGACAAGGGAGUUUCUUAUGUUCCUAGCUGUUACUGACCUCACUCUAAGCAACCUUGGUGGAUUUCUUUUAUCUAGUACAGUGGUUCUCAACCUGUGGGUCCCCAGAUGUUUUUGGCCUACAACUCCCAGAAAUCCCAGCCAGUUUACCAGCUAUUAGGAUUUCUGGGAGUUGAAGGCCGAAACAUCUGGGGACACACAGGUUGAGAAACACUGAUCUAGUACUUCCUUCUAAUUUAUAGUAUCAUGUAUUCAGAAGAUGUUGGGUAGGGAAGAGCAGCUUCUCCAAUGCUAGGGUUUGGUGGUCCCAGAGGAGAAUUUUCUGACUGAGGAUUCUAAAGAACCAUCCCUUAAACUUCCAGGACUCCAUAGGAUGGAACCAUAGGAAAUAAAAUUGGGAGCAUAACGCUAUAACUGUGGUCACAUAGCAAGGUGGAGUCUCCUCCCCUAUCGGGUUAGCACACCAUGCAGAAUAAUAAGGCAUAUUUUAGCCAUGAAAAUAGGCAGUAUUCAUGAGCUAAUCACUAUGUCAAAUCAGUAAUAGAACCCUUGGUCAAAAUCCAGUUGUAAGUCCCAGCAGGAGUAGACCCACUGAAAGAUUUAUGUAUGUUCUGUUUAUUCAGUAAGCCUGCUUUAAAGUUGCCAAACUGAAAACUAUAACUUUAAUGGUUGUGUGGAAAAGUGGAUUUCAGCAAGUGUUGUUUGCCAUGUAACGUAACCAGUUAUAACUGCUGAAAUGCCCUCGUCUACAUAAUCUUUACAAGUAGAAAAGCCCUCUCUAGCUUGCACACGGGCAACGUGAGUCUGCCUUAGUUGGAAUUAGUUCACCAUAUUCUCGCUCAGGUGUCUUCAACUUAAAUAGACUGACUAAUGAUUAUGAACAGAGUAUAAAGGUGCAAUUUUGUCUCCUCAAAAAUUGUACCAUGCAUCAAAUAGCACUGUUGCUUUCUAUCCUAAUGUAUAUAUGUAUGUAUGUAUAUGUAUGCACGUAUGUAUGUAUGUUUAGAUCUAGAACUGCAAUAAAAUUCAUUAAAUUCUA